AUGGCAACCAAAACCCUGGGGUACAGCGACGCCCCCCCGCGUCAAAACGACGUCGCGACCAAGGCCGACGCAAGCGUCGACCUGCACAAGGAGAUCAAAGCCACCUGGAAGGGCCGAAUCUGGGACACGUUCGACCUGCCGCGCGACGAGCGCCGGCUGCUCUUCAAGGUCGACGCGCUGCUCCUCACCUUUGCGGCGCUGGGGUACUUUCUCAAGAACCUGGACCAAACCAAUAUAAAUAACGCAUUUCUCUCGGGCAUGAAGGAGGAGCUCGGGAUGCUCGGCAACCAGCUCGUGACGGCCAACUCGAUCUGGACGGCGGGCUACAUCGUCGGCCAGAUCCCCUCCAACCUCCUCCUCACGCGCGUCUCACCGCGCUAUGUCAUCCCCGCGCUCGAGUUCCUCUGGGGCAUCAUGACGCUCGCGUCGUACUCGGUGAAAAACUACCAGGCGCUGUACGCCAUUCGGUUCUUUGUUGGGUUGUUUGAGUCGGGGUUCUACCCUGGUAUCCACUAUCUCAUUGGUGGCUGGUACACCCCGCGCGAGAUCGGCAAGCGCGCCGUCAUCUUCUGGGUCGCCGGCGCCAUAGGGCAAAUGUUCAGCGGUUUCCUGCAAGCCGCGGCGUACACCAACCUGAACGGGGUGCACGGGCUCGCUGGGUGGCGAUGGCUCUUCAUCAUCGACGCGAUCAUCACCCUGCCGAUCGCGCUCUUCGGGUUCUUCUUCCUGCCUGGUCUGCCGCUGCAGGACAAGAAGGAGUGGUGGCUCACUGAGGAGGAGCACCAGCUCGCCAUUGACCGGCUGAAGCGCGUUGGCCGGAAGGGGCGGACGCCGUGGACUUGGGACCGCGUAAAGGGCCUCUUCACCACCUGGCAUAUCUACGUGCUCCCUUUCGUCUACAUCUUCUGGAACAAUGGAACCCCGCAACCGACAAUGGGCUACUACCUCAAGAGCUUCAACGCCAAGAACCCGCCGGUACCAGGCCGCCACUACACCGUCCAGCAGAUCAACAAUCUCCCGCUACCUGGAACCGCGUUCUUCAUCGUCGCGUCACUGAUCCUCGCCUGGCUCUCCGACGGGCUUUUCCGCGGACGCCGCUGGCCGAUCAUCUACAUUGGCAUCAUCAUCACCCUGCCUAUUUCAGCGACGCUUCGUGUGCUGCCACUGUACGACAACAUCAAGGCGCACUUUGGGCUGUACUGGAUUUCCAACGUCGGCCAAGGCGCUGGGCCGCUCAUUCUCGCGUGGAUCAACGAGAUCAACUCGCACGACUCGGAGAAACGCGCCCUGCUCGUGGCGCUCGCCAACGACCUCACGCAUGUGGUUCAGGCUGUCGGCCCAAACUUUUACUGGAAGACGACGGAUUUCCCGGCGGCGCGUAAGGGCUGGCUCGCGUCCAUCAUCUACCAGUGCUUGUUGGCCGUGUGGACGACGCUCGUGCUGUUCCUGCUGCACCGUGACAAGAAGAAGGCAGCGCUCAACAAGGCCACCGAGCAACAGCCGAGCGACGUCGAGGCCGCCUCGGUUGAUGGCGAUGACAAGGAUGUCAAGGCCCUCGAGGCCCCCAAGUAG